AUGUCUGAAGGGAUUUUCGCGAAUGAAAACAAGAAAUUCAGUCUAAUCAAUCUGGAGAACUUGAUUCCCUUUGAGACUCGAUAUUAUCGCCUCGUUUUGUCAAAGAUUCGUUCUUGUAAAUCGUUGAGACUCAAUUUCUGGCUUGACAACAUGCCAGUGAGUCGAAUGAUCGAAUUUUUGCGCGUUUUGGAUUCCAUUCGACACGUGGCCAAGUUGGAACUUCAAGAAACUCAGCAUUUCUACGGGGUAAUCCCGGUGGAGAAAAUCAUUGUCGACUGGAAUCCAGCGAUGUCGGUUGAUCAAGAGAUAUCCAUCAGGCCGCAUAAAGUGUUGGCAGUCGAAGAAUAUCGGAAAGUUUUCGAGAAAGCGGCUUUUAGCAACUGUAGCCUCAAGAUCUCCACUCACGAAUUUGCCAUCAAAGAAAAAUUCUUUCACGUUCUCACCAAUAUGCGAACAAUUUUGCGGAAUGAGUUAAUUAUUUUCGUCUUCUCACUGAAGUGUGACGAUGAUAUCGGAAAUUUAUUCCAGAUUACUGUUGAGAUUUUGGGAAACCAAUUCGAAAUCGAUCGCAUCGACGAGAAAACAGAAAAACCUCAAAAAUUGAAACCAUUCCAACAAUUGAUAGAAGCUGUGAAGGAAAAUAAAAGAAACUCUCCCAGUUUUCAUUUUAAUUUCAAUUCCGCUGAAUCAUUUGGAUAUUUUCGAGAUACAAGCAAAAAUUUAAGUCUUAUUGUGGCGAUUUUUGGGAACAAUGACCAGCAUCAGUUGGAAACGAUUGCUCAACGAAUCUCGGAAAAA